AUGCCUGUGCUCUCAGGUAGCUUCAACCGCUCAGCCAUGGACGCACCCUUGGAGGGUGAAACAUCAGACGAGUCAAUCUCCAAAGACUGGAGCUAUUUGAACACAACAGAUUUCAUUGCCUACGACGACCGCUUCUUCGAAAUCAUCGGCCCUGACGCCGUGGUAGAACACAUCGAGCCUCUCGCUCAUCAAAGCCACGAAGCGCCCUGCUACAACAAAAAGACCAAGCAAAUAUUCUUCGUAGAAUGGGGCCCACCAGGCGGUAUCAACGGCACGCACGACUGGCAAUACCUUUACGAUGUGAACUCAGGAAACCUUUCCAAAAUCCAAACCGACCCACCAACACUCAAUGCCCACGGUUGCGUCGUCUACAACGACAGCCUGUACGUCGUGACCGACGGCAGUGGAUCGAAAGAGACCGGAGCACUCGUCAAGAUCGACCCUUCUACCUGGGAGAAAGAAGUUAUCCUAAACAAUUACUUCGCGCAACCCUUCCUCGGCUUCAACGACCUUGACAUCGAUUCCGACGGCAACUUCUGGCUCACGGACUCGAAGUCCGCUUACGGUAGGGGCCUGAUCGACUUCUACUAUCCUACGAAUCCGACGGUGUACUUUGUCAAUGCAACGACUAUGAGGCCGAGAGCUGUGCAUAUCACGACUGGGAAUGCGAAUGGCGUUGCUGUGGCGCUGAACCCAGAUGAGACCGCACGGGGAAAGCAGAAGCACACGGUGUACCUGCCUGACACGGGUGUGAGCGAGUUUCUUCCGCUCUCGAGGAAGAAUCCGUUUGGUAACAGGGCGUUAUUUGCUUAUGACGCUUUGAAUACGGGUGGUGUUCUCAGCAAUCCACGCUUGUUGAACAAUCCUAUAAGCUACUUCUACGAUGGCCUACGGGCGAGCCGAAGCGGGUUACUGUUCGCAGGUGCAGGUGAUGGCGUGGAUGUCAUUGAUCCCGUGGAUGGAUUGACCCUUGGAACGAUUCGCGUAGGUGGAGGUGAUAACCUGGCAGUCAGCAUGACUUUUGGAGAGCAUGAGCUAUGGAUCGUGGGAAGGGGUGGAAUGUGGAGGGUCAGCAACAUUGCUGAGAGACUGGACCGCGAUUGGUGA